GGGAGAGGAGUGACUGACUACUGCAGCCGGGGAUAUACAGCAUAUCAUUUUUAAAGAAGGACUUUGAUCCCACUUAGAUCUGAUUUGCAGUGCGCUAAAAUACGCACUCACUGGGGAUUUUGCCUGCACGCAUGUCCAACUUUUCCAUCCGCUGCUGACCCACAGAGAGACUCUCUGCUGACUGCACUUGGGACUGGGCUUGGAAACGGGGUCGGGUGCUUCAUCUAUAUAUCUGUGAUGGGGGCAGCGGUCGAGGUGGGGAGCUUCGCCGCCGGGUUUUUGGACAGCUUCGGAGCCGCUCCGGCUCCCGUGGGCUCUCAGUUUGUUCUCAGCCCUGCAGCCGGGGCCGUGGACUACAACUCCGCGACGGGACUGAUGCUGGGAGGAGCGGGGCAGCAGCAGGAGCACCUGGUGUCCGCGGAGAGGCUGUCCCGGAGCCUGGCCGACCUCAGCCAUCUCAAAGGCAUCCUGAGGCGGCGGCAGCUUUACUGCAGGACCGGCUUCCACCUGGAGAUCCAUCCCGACGGAGCAGUGCAGGGCACCAGGAAAGACCACAGCAGAUUCGGUAUUCUGGAGUUCAUCAGUCUUGCUGUGGGACUGGUCAGCAUCAGAGGGGUGGACAGUGGCCUCUACCUCGCCAUGAACAGCAAAGGAGAACUGUAUGGUUCGGAGAAGCUGUCAGCAGAAUGCGUUUUCAGGGAGCAAUUUGAAGAAAACUGGUACAACACCUACUCUUCAAACAUCUACCGGCAUGGAGAGAAAGGGCCAUUUUACUUUGUGGCUCUGAACAAAGAUGGGACAUCUCGGGAUGGAACAAGAUCAAGGCGGCAUCAGAGAUUCACUCACUUUCUACCGAGGCCUGUUGAUCCAGACAGAGUCCCAGAACUGUACAGAGACAUACUGGUCCAGAGCUGAGACUGAAGGAGUGCUACUUUGACCCUGGCAAAACAGGUCUGUGCUAAGAGGUGAACGACGUGCACUUAAUCUCCUCCGCUUCUCAAGGAAGAUGGAAGAGCUUGUUGAUCCGGACAAAACAGGAUCAUAGAAUUUGCACCAAAAUCAACACCCCACACCACUGGAACAGAGGAAGACAAGAAAAGCUGACAGGUCUGGGAGCUGGAAUAGCGCCAGGAAUCUUCUGCAGAUGGUGUGAGGAACCCAUCAGAUAAACAUGGAUAUGGGCCUCAAAUUGUCCCAUGUAUUGGCCUAUGCAAAGGCCCUGGUGGCCAAAUGUAUGGUUUCAGGAUCUCCUUUUGAGUUCUACUAAUGAAACCCAAAAUAUGUGCUGGUCCAGACUGCAUGUUCACGGGGACGCAGUGGACCUGAUAGUUAAGAUUAACAACUGGCUGCUAGUAGCUCUUUUUUUUUUUUCUUUUUACCGCUGUGACUGCUGAGUCUUAUCAGUUCUACUGUUAUCAGUAUGCUUGUUUAUUUCACCAAACAUUACUGAGGCUGCUCAAGAAACAAUUAAUUACAUGCAUUAUCUACUAAAGACAUGUGGCUGGUUUACAUUAGAAAAAAAAAAAGAAAAGGUAGUUUUAUGCACUGGAAUGCAGCCAUGCUUGUUCUGGAAAACAGAUGUUGCUCAGAAAUCAUGACUUUUCCUCCGAGUACACCCAGAAGACGAGAAGGACAGUCUUUACGGAGCUUCAUAAUGACUUGUAUUGUGGUAUCCUGCGAUGGAAUACUUUGUGUUCUGCGGAGAAUCAUUCUCACACCCAGUGAAGGAGUUCAGCUGCUGUCCGACUGACUGCAGACAAACAAGCAUGGGACUGACAAGGACACCUUUACAAAUAUUUUGAUAGAAUGUAUUCUUAUUUAUGUUUUUUCCCUACCCUAGGACAAAUAGUAUAUUUAUUUCUUAUAUUUAUUUAUUUUGAGAAUCUAUU